GUCCCCACGUGCGCCACCAAAACCGCGGACGCCGGAGCGGAGGCGGAGCUCAAACCGCGGCGGUUCCGCGCGGCCGCCCACCAUCUCCGCCGCCCUUCGUCCAUGCCGCCGCCGCCGACGCGUCGCCCUCUUUUCCUCGCCCCCGACGCCUCCCCCGCUCCUCGUCCGAACCUGCCAUGGCCGCCUCCAGGCCCCUGCCGCUCCGCCUCGCCGUGCCGCUGGCCCUCGCCCUCCUGCUCGCGCUCGCCCUCGUCGCCGACUUCCUCCGGGCCUCCUCCCCCUCCUCCUCCUCUCGCCGCGUCUCCGCCCUCUCAUCCUCCGCCAGAACGGCGAAGGGGAAGCGCGCCAAGGGCGUCGAGCGUGUGGCGAGGCACCUGAACGCGACGUACGCCGACCUUCCGGCGCCGCGCUGGGACUGGGAGGAGAUGCCUGCGGCGCCCGUGCCACGCCUCGACGGGGCGGCCGUGCAGAUUGGGGAUCUCCUCUACGUCUUCGCUGGGUACGGGAGCCUCGAUCACGUUCAUUCUCAUGUGGAUGUGUACAAUUUCACUUCAAACACAUGGACUGAAAGGUUUGACAUGCCCAAGGAGAUGGCACAUUCGCAUUUAGGAAUGGUGUCAGAUGGUAGAUAUGUUUACGCAGUUUCUGGACAAUAUGGGCCACAAUGCCGUGCCUCAAUAAACCGCAACUUUGUUCUAGACACACAGACAAAAAAGUGGAGUGAAUUGCCUCCUUUACCAUUGCCCAGGUAUGCACCGGCUACUCAGCUUUGGCGUGAGCGGCUCCAUGUGAUGGGUGGAGGCAAAGAAGACCGUCAUGAACCUGGGUUGGAGCACUGGAGCCUUGCUGUCAAGGAUGGCAAAGCACUGGAGAAUGAGUGGCGAGCUGAAGUACCCAUACCACGCGGUGGACCUCAUAGGGCAUGUGUUGUAGCUAACGAUAAACUAUUCGUAAUUGGUGGACAAGAAGGAGACUUCAUGGCUAAACCAGGAUCACCUAUUUUUAAAUGUGUACGGAGGCAUGAGGUUGUGUAUGGUGAUGUGUAUAUGCUAGAUGGUGGAUCCAAGUGGAAGCAAGUGUCUCCAAUGCCAAAGCCAGAUUCCCACAUUGAAUUUGCAUGGGUUGUUGUUAAUAACUCCAUAGUAGUUGUUGGUGGAACAACAGAGAAGCAUCCUAUCACCAAAAAGAUGAUUCUCGUUGGUGAAGUCUUCCGGUUUGAUUUGGAAACAAUGACAUGGUCAGUCAUUGGGCGCAUGCCUUUCCGUAUCAAGACAGCCUUAGCUGGUUAUUGGCAGGGUUGGCUCUAUUUUACUUCAGGGCAGCGAGAUCGGGGGCCUGAUAACCCGGGUCCAAAAAAAGUUGUUGGUAGUAUGUGGAGAACAAGGCUACACCUUUGAUGCUAGUAGUUAUGACUUAUGACAGGGAUUUUCUGUACAUUAUAGAUCUAAGUCUGUUUUUGUACUAACAACUAGAGGUCUCAAAGGCUCAGACAAUUGCUCUUGUCCUGAAUUUUGUGGUCUUCUAAUUCAUAUUAUCCAUUUUGACUAUAUGUUUUAACUUA